AUGGCUCACGGGGCCACGGCUCCCAGGGCCACGGCUCACGGGGGCCACGCUUGAGGUGUGCCUGUCCUGAAUUCAGGUGUGUUCUCACUGUGAAAGGUGCAUCUGUUUAAAUACGUAAUAUGAAAAAAAGAAUGUAAAAUGCCUCGUUAGUGUUCUUUUGUAAUGAUUAGGAGUUGAAAUGAUAAUGUUUUGGAUUUAUUGGGUUAAAUAAAAUAUUACCACAUCAUUUUGCCUGGCUUUUGUUGCUUUCUGAUGCGGCAGCUAGAAAAUACAAAACUGAAGAUGGGACUUGUUCUGCGACGUGGAAACGUCACGUUUCCACUGCACGGUGCUGGUCGUGAUCCAAGUAGCUUUGCGGGAUGGGGCGGGGGCAGCGUGUGGCCCUGGGCGAGCCCCUCAUCUCUGGAUCCUGCAGCCCCGAGAGUGAGUCAGGCGGGUCUCACGUUGUAAGUCUCUCCCUGUCGGGCCCGAUGCCGCCUCUGUGGAGUGCGGUUGCCACACAUAAAGUGCUUAGGGCAGAGUCUGGCAAACAGCAGCCACCAAGCGUGUUUGAUAUCAUCACUCAUAAAUUAUCUUGUAAUAGCUCUUUUACAGGGUGGAAAUGGAUUUCGUCGACUGUCCACACCCAGAGUUUUAAAAGGAUUUGUAUUCCAAUGUGGACAUGCUUGGGCGUGUCUACACUGGCAGAGCGGGCCGGCCCACAACUAGUGCCCUUCUUGUCCCAGGUGCGGCCGAGAGACGCAGGUGGGUAGGAGGCCCAUCCCUCCCAGGUGUUGUGUUGGGCUCCCGAGGCGGGGUACGUCUUCCCGGGCGUAGCUCGCGGGCGGCUGCAUUCCCGGAACAUUCUGUGUGUGUGGAAACCAGACUUCGCGGUGUUUGCGUCCAAGUGGAGUCAGGCUCAGAACUCUGGCGCGGACGUCUGGGUGGAAGGAGUGCUGCAGGGCCGGCCCUCUAAACACCUGCUGUGCUUCCCGCCGCUGUGACCACGGGACGGCCGUUCUCGCUGAAGGACCCUGCACUCGCUACUGAGCGGCGACCAUGGGCCCGCUCGCCUACCUGAAGACGCAGUUCGCGGUGCACCUCCUCAUCGGGUUCGUGUUCGUGGUGAGCGGGCUGCUCAUCAACUCCGUCCAGCUGUGCACGCUGGUCCUCUGGCCCCUGAGCAAGCAGCUAUACCGCCGGCUGAACUGCCGUCUCGCCUACUCCCUGUGGAGCCAGCUGGUCAUGCUUCUGGAGUGGUGGUCCUGCACGGAGUGCACGCUCUUCACUGACCAGGCCACGGUGGACCGUUUUGGCAAGGAGCACGUGGUCGUCAUCCUCAACCACAACUUCGAAAUCGACUUCCUCUGUGGGUGGACCAUGUGCGAGCGGUUUGGCGUGCUGGGGAGUUCCAAAGUCCUGGCGAAGAGGGAGCUGCUGUACGUCCCCCUCAUCGGCUGGACGUGGUACUUCCUGGAGAUCGUGUUCUGCAAGCGGAGGUGGGAGGAAGACCGGGACACCGUCAUCCGGGGGCUGGAGCGCUUGGCGGACUACCCCGAGUACAUGUGGUUCCUCCUGUACUGCGAGGGCACCCGCUUCACAGAGAAGAAGCACCGCGUCAGCAUGGAGGUGGCCGCCUCCAAGGGGCUGCCCGCCCUCAAGUACCACCUGCUGCCUCGAACCAAGGGCUUCACCACGGCGGUCCAGUGCCUCCGGGGGACAGUCGCAGCCGUGUAUGACGUCACGCUGAAUUUCCGCGGAAACAAGAACCCGUCUUUGCUGGGGAUCCUCUACGGGAAGAAGUACGAGGCAGACAUGUGCGUGAGGAGAUUCCCUCUGGAAGAGAUCCCGCUGGAUGAAAAGGAAGCAGCUCAGUGGCUCCACAAACUGUACCAGGAGAAGGACGCGUUGCAGGAGAUGUAUAACCAGAAGGGCAUGUUUCCAGGAGAGCAGUUCAAACCUGCCAGAAGGCCGUGGACGCUUCUGAAUUUCCUCUUCUGGGCCACGGUCCUGCUGUCUCCUCUUUUCAGCUGUGUCUUCGGCGUCUUUGCGAGUGGUUCCCCUCUCCUGAUCCUGACGUUCCUGGGGUUUGUGGGGGCAGCUUCCUUUGGAGUCCGCCGGCUAAUAGGAGUAACUGAAAUAGAAAAAGGCUCUAGCUACGGAAACCAAGAAUUUAAGAAAAAGGAGUGAUUCCUGGCUGCGGUUGUGCACACGUAACCCGACGGCUGUGUCCAGUUAACUCAAAAACAGAACCACACACCCAGAUCGGAGGAAAAGACACUUAGAAACUAUUUUUCUUAUUAACUGGUGACUAAUAUCAACCAAUAAACCUUGAGCCAAGAGCAAAGCCGUCGGAAGGCCUGCGGACGAAGACGCCAGCGGCACCCCGGGCAGGGUCCCAGGGUCCCACGAGCCAGGCUCCGAGGGCGCCAUGCGUGCGGGCCCACCGCUGCGGGGGGCCGGGUCCCACCCCACCGCGACCUCGCGAGAAUUCUGCCUGCCAGAGGGAGCCUUCGGCCGCUUUCUCUUCUUAAACUUAGAUCCAUUUUUGGUUUUUACCAGUUAUUUUGGGAACUCCCCCUGCCCCCCCCCCCCCGCCUCCUCCCCUGACCCCAGCAAACCCUCCCCAGCCCUCUCGGGAAUGAGGACAUGUCAGCCCCCAGGCCCACAAAGCACCUGCCCAUCCUGUCUUCACAUACGGGUGUUCUCGGGUGACCAGGGCGGGCCGAGCGCCAGGUGGCCGGGCAGGUGCCCCUCAGCUGGUGGUGGGGACGCCCCACCCCGGCUGCCUGGCUCCUCCCUGAGCCUGUGUGGAAGCACUUUACAUCUGUUUCUAAAGUGAUCCGCCCCCUGAGACCUCUGUCCCUCUUUUUCCCUGCUUAGUCCUCAGCCCCUCUACUGGGCCACACCCCUGCCGCCAGCCCCGGGGACAGCUGCCCUGCAGCCCACGGGCCUCUUGUAUGUUGGUUUCAAAGAACGUCCCCACCAGACCUCCUCUCUUCUGGAGGCGGUUGGAGACUGUUCCCUGGGAGCUCGUCGGCUCCUAGGGGUUUUAUUUUUACUGUUGGUCUGUUCGUGGCUCUCGUCUCCCUGAGAAGUAGAGGUGGUGGCCCCCCCUCCCUUCCCCGAGCAGGUGCCUGGGUGCCCGGGGUGGGGCUGGGCACCUCCUUGCACAGGCUUCGCCCGGGAGCCUGGGAGCACUGCCCCGCCUCAGCUCCCCCUGCUGGGGGGUGUCUGCCAGGGUCCCGACUUCGCUGCAGCCCUGGGCGUGGGGCUCCCCAGCAGGCCUCUCCCCAGGCUCGGCUCAAGCAUCCCGCUGUCCACUCGCUUGCAUCAGACUUCUUUCUUAAACCUCCCGCGUGCUGUUUUCAAGUCACACCCCCCUCGCCUUUUUUUUUCCCCCUCUUUUUAGCAAAGGAAGGAAAAGUAACGGGUGUUAGCCCUGGUGCACUGGAGCCAGCGUGCCGAAUAGAGGCAGGUUGGGUUUUCUAGGAGAAAAGGUGGAGGAAAGAGGCAUGGAGAAAAUAUAGACUAAAUUGGACAAGUGCCUCUGCAUCAGCCCUAAGUGUGUAUUCUGGGAGGCUCUCUGGGGACAGCACGCGGUCUCUAGGACGAGGACGCUGCUGGGUUCUGGGUGAGAGCACCCCGCCCUCCCCCUGCUGCAGGGGGGGCCACCGCGGGUUAGUCUGCUCUCCUGUGGCAUGCUGCUCCCGGCUUCCGUGUUUGUGUCCUGUGCUAACUCACUAACACCUAAAGCAUCUUGAGAACGGUGGGAGGGCACUCCUGUGUGCAUGCGGUCCCUAGAAGGCCCAGGUUUAGGUCUUGUACCUUGUAAUUCAUGGUUCUCCUUGGCCAGAGAAGUUCUCUCCCCCUGAAAUGACUACGUACCGGGCACCCUCCUCCCAGAGCCACUGGAGGGGCCGUGCGGGGUCCGGGUACGAUGGAGGCUGAGGGCGGGCAUAGGUCUUAAGUCUCGGUGAUUCCCUUCUGAUCUAACACAGAUGAGCCCGUGCAUUUGGUGCCCAGAACUUGAGAGCAAGCAAACCUCACCAUGGACGUUUGGGGGGGGGGGGUGUUUUUUGUUUUUCUGUUUUUUGUUUCUUUUUGGAGGGGGAUGGAUUUUGCUUUACGUCCGCUUUAGAAGGAGAGGGAGAGGGGGCUCCUUUAAUUUUCAAAAUUAAUAAAUCGCAGAAUAGUGA